CUCUAUCAGGCCCUCGACAUGGAUUGGGUCAGCACGUACGUGGCCACCGCGGCCGCGGUCGUCAGCGGCCCUCCGUUGGCGGACCUCUUGCUCAUACCGGUUUCGCUGGCCGGUUUGUCUGCCAUACACGUCGCUGGACAUGUCGUUCUACAACACGUCCGAGCCAAGAAGCAGUACGGGCCCAUAGCUCUCCAGGACGAGGAGGCUGCCCAAGACCAGUCCGAGCCGACGCUUGGACCGGUCGCGAAGCGGGGUGGAUGGCAGGGAAUCGUGUUGAGAGAGCUGAGGGUGUUAGGUCUCCUCGGUCUUUUGGGGUACGAGCUGGCCUUGGGAAGUGGAUGGAACAGAACAAAAAUACUGCUGGUAGCAUUUUACGUGUAUGCAUCCGCACUGAGCGCCGCUUCGUUCAUCACGGGCAGUCAAAGAUGGCGGAGGGUGCUGGAUGCGCAUCUUGGCAUCAUUCUGCUUGCCAUCUUCGGCGUCUUCGUCACGAAAGAUCUCGUCCCUCUCGCGGUCAUCGGUGGCGAACAACCCAGCCAGACUGCUAUCAUCCGCCUGGCGUUGCUUUUCGUCGUCAGCAUCGUUGUUUCCCUUGCGACACCCGGCCCGCAGACUUCGGACGCUAUCAGCAGUUCAUCGCUGGGCUCGUUCUUGACGUGGGGUUACUUUAACCCGAUCAUCUGGUACGCGUCGCGCCAUCCUCACCUGCCUCCCGAAAUGCUUCCGCCACUGGAGCAAGGCGAUGAUGCCGCCUACCUCGCCGAGAAGGAUUUCAAGAAAGUCGACCCCUUGUUGUUGCCGAAGCAGCGUUACAUUGCCUGGAGUCUUCUGGCUGUCUUCAAGCGGGAGUACGUGGUCAUGCUGACCUUGGUCCUCCUCGAGAGCGGAGCCAGCUUCUUGGCGCCCAUCGGUAUCAAUCAGAUUCUUUCCUACAUGGAAGGCUCUUCUACGAAUGGUAUUCGCCCUUGGGUCUGGGUCGUUUGGAUUGGCCUCGGUCCAGUGGUGAACUCGCUCUUGAGCGAGUGGUACCUGCACCAUGCCACCAAGAUCCUCACGCGCGCGGAAGCACUCAUGACGCAGCUGAUCUUCCGCCACUCGCUGAGGAUCCGACUGAAGUCUCAGGAUGACGACAAGAAAGACGACAAGAAGGCUGACAGCAAAAAAGACGACAAGAAUGACUCGGCUGAGCCCGCUGCGCACUCGCCCGAAGCGUCGUCGAGCAGUACCGCUGUGGAAGACGACACCUCCAGCGAGACCGCCGCUGGAUCGUCUGCUUCGUCGGUAGCCUCGUCGGAUCGUAGCCCUAGCCCAACGGCCUCCUCGGAGACCGCAGCGGCGUCGGACACUGAGGAGUCGACUACCUCGAAGGAUAAGAAAGACGGCAAAGGGAAGAAGGACAAGACUAGCGAGAAGAAGGCCAAGGAAGAGGAAGAAAAGAAGAGCACGAAGCAGAUGAUCGGAAAGAUCAACAAUCUCGUCACGUCCGACGUUAAUGCUCUCGGCAGAGCUCGCGACUUCCCGUAUAUCAUACAAGCGCUCCUAUCAGUCAUCUUCAGUGUGGUGUUUUUAUACCAAAUGCUCGGAUGGAGCUCGCUGGUCGGGACUGCCGUCAUCGUGAUCACUUUGCCCAUUCCGGCGUGGGUAGCCAAACAGCAGAUGGGUUCUCAACGUGAGAAAAUGAAAGUCUCCGAUCGCCGCGUGCAAGCCGUCAACCAGAUCAUGAGCGUUGUCCGGAUGAUCAAGUUGUUUGCCUGGGAGGACAAAUCGCUCGAGAAACUGUCGAAGAUCCGAGAAGAAGAACUUUCGUGGAUCCGAUACAACGGUACCCUUCAGUUGGUAAACUACGCAACGAACGUGAAGAUCCUGCCUCUGUGCAAUAUCCUCGCAACCUUCGGCUUAUACACGCUCAUCAUGCACCAAGAGCUCACUGCUUCACGCAUCUUCACCUCGAUCUCCGUAUUCUCAAUCCUGCAGAACUCUGUCGCGCGGAUGACGUACCAACUGCCUAUGCUUCUCAACGCCAAGGUAUCCAUGGACCGUAUCAACGACUUCCUUUGGAAGACCGAGUUGAUUAAACCGCGUGACACCGAGGAUGUCGCUUCUGAAACACCCGCUGUCGUUGCCGAGGACGAUGUCAUCGGUUUCAAAGACGCGACGUUCUCCUGGGACGCGCUGGAUGCGGAGGGCAAGCUCAAGGACGCCAAGAAACGCGACUUCCGCCUGACCAUCAACGGAGAGGUCACCUUUGAUAGAGGAACCGUCAAUCUCAUCGUGGGUCCUACGGGCGCUGGCAAGACGUCCUUGCUCGCCGCGCUGCUUGGCGAGAUGUACUACCAUUCGGACGGUCCUGAUUCUUGGUACAACCUGCCCAGGAACGGUGGCGUAGCAUACGCUGCACAGGAGACGUGGGUACUGAACGAGACUAUCCGCGAAAACAUCCUCUUCGGGUCGGCGUACGAGGAGGAACGCUAUAACAAAGUGCUUGAGCAGUGCGCGCUCGUACAGGACCUCGAUCUGUUCGCUGCCGGUGAUGAAACCGAGGUUGGCGAGAAGGGCUUGACUUUAAGUGGUGGGCAGAAGGCACGAAUUACCCUUGCUCGCGCUGUCUAUUCGAAGGCUCAAAUCGUACUCCUGGACGACGUUCUUGCGGCUCUGGACGUUCACACGGCGAGACAUGUGGUGAACAAGUGUUUCAAGGGCGACCUCCUCCACGAUCGCACUGUGCUCCUCGUCACUCACAAUCUGGCAUUAACGAAUUCCUUGGCGAAGAAAACCGUACGGGUGGAUGGCCGCGGUCGCGUGAAAGUCGAGCCCUCUCUCGCCGCAGCUGUGGAACACGAUGCAGCACUGCGGGCUGAGCUUGUCAAGGAGGAGCAGGCCACCAAAAGCGAUGCCCCCGCGCAGGAGGAGGCUGCCGAAGAAAAGAAACCGAAAAGCUCUGCAGGGAAGCUGACAAUCGCCGAGGACGUCGCUCACGGUACUGUGGGGCUGGAAGCCGUGAUGCUCUAUAUUCGCAACUGUGGCGGCGUUGGGUUCUGGGUUUUCCGCUUCUUCAUCAUUUUCUUCGAAGCUUGCCUCGGUCUUGCCAUGCCGUACUUCCUUGGUCUCUGGUCGAAUCAAUAUGCAAAGCAUCCUGCGUCUGAGGUUCCGGCAAUGAAGUAUAUGACUGGCUACGCCAUUCUUGCCCUGGCCGAGCUCGCGGCAGGAGUCAUCGGAUGGUUAGUUUGGGUGAAUGGCGCCAUGAAGGCUUCCAGCCGAAUUCACAAGGCGCUUGUGCAAUCCGUUUUCGGGUCGACGUUCCGAUGGCUGGACACAGUCCCCGUUGCGCGUGUCAUCACUCGGUGUACUCAGGACUUGCAAUCGGUCGACCAAAUGAUCCGGCAGAUCUUCAAUACGCAAUUCACGAUUACCGCCAACCUGAUCUUGAGGCUGAUCGCGAUUGUCUAUAUCGUGGGUUGGAGCGCCUUGGCUGCUGGUGUCCUCGUUCUGGUGGGCGGGAUGCUUAUCGGACGGUUCUAUAUCACUGCUCAACGAUCGGUGAAGCGCGAACAAAGUGUCGCCAAGGCUCCCAUUCUCAGCCUGUUCGGCGCUGGUCUGGCUGGACUUGCUUCCAUCAGAGCUUAUGAUGCUCAAGAGCACUUCAGCAAGCAGUUGGUCACACGUAUCAACCGACACACUCGCCUCUCGCGUAAUUUCUACAACAUCAACCGAUGGGUCGGCGUUCGCAUCGACACGCUGGGUGGUAUCUUCUCCGCGGUUGUUGCCGGUGGCGUUCUAUAUGGCGGACUCAUCAGCACCGGCGAUGCUGGUUUCGCUCUGUCUCAAGUCUUAGGCUUCUCCAUGGAGGUAUUCUUCUUCGUUCGUAUUGCGAACAUGGCCGAAGUGGAGUGCAAUAGCUUGGAGCGCAUCCUUGAUUUCCUCAAGAUCGAACAUGAACCUGAGCCAACCGAGGAAGGCACUCCGCCGGCUUACUGGCCUGCGAGUGGUUCUUUACGUGCCGAGAAGCUCAGUGCCCGUUAUGGUCCAGAAUCUCCUGAGGUUUUGCAUGAAAUAUCCUUCGACAUCAAGUCCGGCGAACGUGUAGGUGUGGUCGGUAGGACCGGAGCCGGAAAAUCGACGAUUAGUCUUGCCCUCUUGCGUGGUAUCUUGACGAGCGGUCAAGUGUUCUAUGACGGCAUCGACAUCCAUAAAAUCAACCUACGUGACCUCCGAGCCAACGUUACGCUUAUCCCGCAGCAUCCCGAUCUUCUUGCCGGAACCGUGCGCGAGAACCUAGAUCCCUUCGGCGAGCACGAUGAUGCCACAUUGAACGACGCCUUGCGCUCUGCCGGCUUGUUCCGGAUACAAAAGGAAGGAGAUCCUGCCGCCAUCACUUUGGAUACAGAGGUAGAGACCGGAGGAUCGAACUUCUCGCAUGGUCAACGUCAGAUCAUUGCUCUCGCACGAGCUCACGUACGGAGGAGUAAGCUCAUGAUCAUGGACGAGGCCACUGCGGCUAUCGACUAUGAGACCGAUUCGGCCAUUCAGGAGUCGAUCAGGACCACCCUGGGCAACGACAUCACCAUCAUCACCAUAGCUCAUCGACUGCAGACCAUCAUGGACUCGGACAAGAUCAUGGUACUUGACGCCGGCAGAUUGGCGGAGUUCGGUUCUCCCAAAGAGCUCCUUGCACAAAAGAAAGGCCUUUUCUACGAGCUCGUAGAGAAAUCGCACGAUAAGGAUGUGCUGUAUAAUCUGGUAAAGUCGUAACGACCUCGUAGAAUCAUAUGAUACCCCUUUAUGCCGUCUCUUUGUGCGCUCUCGAUAGGUUAUUGGGCCUACACGGAGAAUUGUCCAUCUUCGUUAAUUUGGGCACGUCCUUCAACAACUCUUUUCAUGUACCCUAUCCAGGACACUCAAUCGCGAUAUCCG